AUGCUCAUCGGUACCACCGGUCUUUUGUCUGCUGCUGGUGCUCAGGCUACCGUUAGUGAUUUCCUUGCCAACAUGUCUGCAUCUGCUGAUGUCUUGGCUCUUGCCAAGGCUGAAGUCGAACUUGCCUCUAUUCCCGAGGGCAAGAACGUCACAAUCAAGUGGAGAGGAAAGCCUGUCUUUAUUCGUCAUCGUACCCAAGAGGAGAUUGCCGAAGCCAACACUGUCAAUGUCAAGGACUUGCGUGAUCCCGAACAGGAUUCUGACCGUGUCAAGAACCCUGAAUGGCUCGUCAUGCUGGGUGUCUGCACCCAUUUGGGUUGUGUACCCAUUGGUGAAGCUGGUGACUUUGGUGGAUGGUACUGCCCUUGCCACGGUUCUCACUACGAUAUCUCUGGUCGUAUCCGUCAGGGUCCUGCCCCUCUCAACCUUGAAAUUCCUGAAUACAACUUCCAGGAUGACAAGCUUAUCAUCGGUUAG